AUGGGUCCCUGUAACUGCAGCUGUGGCGCCAACUGCACUCUGACCAGUGACACCCUCUCGGUUUGGUCGGAGUAUUUGGCGAAUGCGAAUGAGAACGAAAAGCUGGACCACCAGCAACUCGAAACGACCGAAAAAGUAGCUCUCAAAGCCCAAAGGGAGGUGACUGCCAAGUAUUCAAGGGAGAUGUUUUGCGGCAAUGGUAGCUUGAUGCGUGUUCUGCCGGUGGCACUUAUCACGCAGGACCGUGACGAGGCAAUCGGGCGCGCCAGAAAGAGUUCUCUGUCGACACACCCUCACAUCAGAUGCCAACACGCCUGCACGAUUUACGUUUCGUUGGUUAUGCAGGCUCUCGGCGGAGCCUCAAAGAAUACCAUGGCCAAGAAUCUAGCUAGAUCAGUGGGAAACAAGGGCAAACCAAAUGCUAUGACGGGAGAAGAGGAUCUCGAGGCUGUGCUGAAGGAGCGCCUCGAGCGAUACAGGAGCAUCGAAGAUUGGCGUUCGACCCCCUCAGACUCGAUACGAAGCACGGGUUACGUGGUGAAUAGUCUCGAGGCAGCACUGUGGGCGUUCUUCUCCACAGAAAAUUUCGAACAGGGAGCCAUCCGAGCAGUCAAUCUUGGGGACGACGCAGAUACAAUCGGGGCGAUAUACGGUGAUCUGGCAGGGGCAUUCUACUCGACCGAUGCAAUUCCGAAGCAUUGGCUUGCGGACAUGAAGAGAAUAGAAAUUGUGGACGAAAUAAUCGAGGAUAUUAUUGAGUAUAGAAUCCUCAAGGGGGGAGUGACACAUUAUUUACUCCGUAUCGUACGUACCUGUAGAUAA